AUGAAAAGCAACGAAGAGGGACAAAUCUCUGAGACAAUUUUUAUUAGCAAUUCCAAAGAAAGCUUGAAUGGAGUCAUUAAAGGUGAUGACGAACCUCAAUAUGAAGAGGGUAAUAUUUUGACCCAAUACUCGGAGGAGCAGGUGAUGGGUAUGGGCAGAAAAUACGCUAUGGAGCAUGGCUUAAAUCCUGAGCUUUUUUCUAGAGCUGCAGCAGUGGCAAGGUUUCCAACGGGUUUCAGAUCCAUGAAAUUUUUGAGCGAAAGGGAAAAGCUGGCACUUGAGAUUGAGAGUCGAAAAAAAUGGCACAUCCCACGGAAAUUGUUAGAAGUUGUUGCUUUGGGCUCCAUGGCAGCAUGUGUCCAAGGAAUGGAUGAGUCAGUGGUGAACGGAGCUAACCUAUUCUUUCCACUGGCUAUGGGGAUCCCUAGCAUGAAAAACUAUGAUUUGAUCGAGGGCUUGGUUAAUGGUGCUCCGUACCUUUGCUCCUCUAUUGUGUGUUGGACUUCUGAUUAUUGGAAUAGAAAAUUGGGUAGGAAGUGGUGUAUAUUUUGGUCUUGUGUAAUUACGGCAUUGUCCUGUAUUUGGCAAGGGCUUGUUAACUUGAAAUGGUUCCAUUUAUUCAUUGCCCGCUUUUUCAUGGGAUUCGGUAUGGGUAUAAUGACUGCAACAGUUCCUGCAUAUACAGCAGAAACGGCUCCGGCUCAUAUAAGAGGUGCCCUUGUUAUGCUUUGGCAACUAUUCACCUGUGUGGGAGUUAUGUUGGGUUAUGUCUCAUCAUUGGCCUUUUACUAUGUAGGAGACCAUGGUAUUUCAGGUGGAAUAAAUUGGAGGUUAACAUUAGCGUCUGCUUGCAUUCCUGCAAUUUUUGUACUAAUUCAAAUACCCUACGUACCAGAAUCUCCUCGUUGGCUAAUGGGUAAACAUAAGCAUAGGGAUGCUUUCGAUUCAUUGAAAAUUCUAAGGCAUAGUGAAAUUGAAGCUGCUCGUGACUGUUUUUACCAAUAUGUUUUGUUGAAUGAAGAAGGUUCCUAUGUAGGAGUUAGUUUCUACAAAAGAGUAAUUGAGAUGUUUUCUGUAAGGAGAAACAGGAAUGCCGCCCUUGGAGCAUGGAUUGUUAUGUUCAUGCAACAAUUUUGUGGUAUUAACGUUAUAUCUUACUACUCGUCAUCUAUUUUUGUUGAAUCAGAUCUUUCUGAAAUCAAAGCUAUGUUAGCUUCUUGGGGAUUUGGAAUGGUUGAGGUUGUCUCAUGUAUACCCACUUUCUACACCAUUGACAGUGUUGGUCGUAGAAAUUUGUUGCUUGCAACAUUUCCGUUGAUGUCUCUUUCUCUACUAAUGGCCGGUUUUGGGUUCUGGAUUUCUGAGGAUACAAGCAGAGAUGGUCGCUUAGCUUGUAUAACAAUUGGUAUUUAUUUGUUUGCAAUUUUUUACAAUUUUGGUGAAGGACCAAUUCCAUUCACAUAUUCAGCAGAAGCAUUUCCCUUAUACAUUCGUGAUCUAGGUAUGGGAUUUGCUACUUCGACUUGCUGGUUUUUUAACUUCAUAUUGGCUUUUACAUGGCCCCGCCUUAAAAAUGCAUUUAAGUCACAAGGUGCAUUUGGAUGGUAUGCAGCUUGGAACAUUGUUGGUUUUUUCCUUGUUCUAUGGUUUCUUCCAGAAACAAAGGGUUUGACAUUGGAGGAAUUAGACGAUGUAUUUUCAGUGUCUCUUAGAAAACAUGCUAACUUUCGUACUAAAGAACUUAUUCAUGGGUUCAAAAAACAUGUUUUAAAGAAGGAUGUUGUAUCAUUGAAACCAUUGUACAUACAUAGAAGAAUGGCCGUUACAAAUCUCAAAUGGAAUGAUAAAUCUAGGGUUAUACAUGAAGAAGAUAUAUAA